GUAUGACGUCAAAGGCCACUUCUCCGUCACCUGCCAGCCUGAAGCUGAAAAUGAUGUCAUUUCCGUGCCAGCUCUUUGGGUCGAAUGGACCCAUGUGGGCCGGCUUAGCGGCGCGGGCUUUGGCGCUUGCAACUAUGUCUCCAUCGAUGCUGCCGAAUUCUGCUGGUUGGUUCUUCGCUGGGGUGGUCCCUUGUGCGAGUAUCUGAAGACGGUGGGCUUACUGAUCGUUCAAACGAUCGAAGCCUUGAGCGAGAAGGGCACCAGAGUUACCGACAUCUUCGAUCAGAAGGAGCUGAAAUUGCCAUCGCUGAUUCCCCGGGCAGAGCAGUUCGUGAAUCUGAAGGAUGCGCAAAGCCGUCGAUUCAGUGGGACGGGCCGCACUUUGCCAACUUGA